AUCGAAACCAAUGCGUAUAUGUAUAGUCUACGAUCACAGCGCACGGUAGUAGUGCUCGCUUCAGUUUGCGCACACCGAUCGGUUAAUUCGAGUCAGAUUGAGCGUGCAUCCAAAAAUUUUAAAUUGGAACGGUAUUGUGCAUAAUUCAAUGGACUAAAUUGUGUUGUUUCUUGACCUUCUCAAGUGGAAGUUCACCUCAGUGCAAUAUCGUCACUUCCAGUUUAUUGGUGUCGCUUAUCAAAAUCAUCGAUUAGAUAUAAAAUUGAACGGAUACGUCCCUUUGGGCUUUAAUAGCGAUAAUUCGAUACUAUCAUUAUACGUGAUAUAAAUAUGCGGAUCGUAUGUAAUAAAACGUCUUAUAAAAAAAAAUACUCUAUUCAAAUAAAAAUAUCUCAAAGAAACUGGAGACAAAAAUAACUUAAGUAUAAAACAAUCGAUUUAAAUUUCUAAAUUUGAUUUCCGGCAGUUUAUUCAAAAUGCCAUCAUACAAUCAAAAAAUAGAGGUAGAUCUAAAUUCAAAUGAGAACGGUGACUUGGACACCGAUGAUAAGAUGAAUAAAAAAAAGGAGACUAAAUUCGUGGUGACCGAUAUCAUUCCGAGCAGUACUCCAGAAGGAUUGAGCACGGAUCAGCUGAUUGCGUAUGCAUUGAGAGAUUUUCUGGGUUCCUCGGCCACAGUGGUCACUGGGCAAGAUCCAUCGCCAUCUACUGUUGCUCAGCCUCUUCCUUAUAUCGAUGAACACGUAGAUGACGACGCCGCGCAGUCUGAGGAGGAAGCGCCUCAAUCUAGAGAUACGGACGAGGUUUUGAAUAACGCUGCUUGCCGGCUGCGGCGGUGGCGAGCGGCGUCGCGGAAGUUACGUCGGCCUCGGAUUAUAGACAAUUUGUGUACGACUGAUGAAAAGGAAGGUGGUGCUAGCGUUGCCGGCCACACGGACCUGGCGGACCGCCUGCGGAACCUGGCUGCGGCCGGCAGCGUGUCGGCGUCGGCGGGCGAGCUGCUGUCGCUGGCGCCCCCGCCGCCCGCGGCCACCGCACCGCCCUCGCCCGGCUGCCUGCUGUCUCCGUCGCUGGCUGACCAGAGUUCAGCAGAGUAUUUCGGUUCAAGUCCAGAAUGCUGUGCGGACAGUAUUGGUCUGGAGAACGUCCCCGGAGGCCCGGCGCCACCCCCAGGGCCCCGGUACAUGCUCGCUACGGAGGGCACCCUGAGGGUCUGCUGCUUCCAGCACACCCGAACCGUCGUCGUCAAGAUCUUAGCUGCUAAAUUCCUACGAAGAUGGGAAACGCAUGUACUCUGCUUAAAAAACGAACAUAUUGUCUCCAAAACGCCUUCGGGAUUACUAGAGCAGCCAUUGUCGUACAGCUGCAUGCAAGAAGUUUACUGCAUAUCAAGGUGGGAUUCCGCCAGAAAAUAUUGCCUCAGGAUUGUAAUGCCGAACGGUUCCCUUCUGCUUCAGGCUAAUGACGCCUAUACGAGAGACCAGUGGUACCAUUCCAUUGUCUGGAGGAGAAACAUAAUAAGAUACAAACAUUUUCUCACAAAGACGAUGAGAAAGGAGGUUGUUAUGAAAGAAUUAAAGAACAUGGUUGAUUUCGUAAUGACGACCCCCUUGCAAGACGAUAGCGUGACUCGGGACCCCCUGAAAAUACUUACGGAAUUACUUUCCCAGAAUAAAGACAGUCCAGAUUGGGAGGAGUGGGCGGAGAGUACGACGAGCGUGGCAGCGCCGCUGUUAGCGGAGAGGUGCGCGAGCGGCGAGCUGUGCGCGUUACUGGCGCGGCUGUGUCGCCGGCGGCCGCGCGCCGCCCCGCUGCCCGCUCUCGCGCCGCCCGUGCGCAGAGUCCUCACCCGAAACGUUGAUUUUGCGAGAGCCCCUGAAGCGAGGCGUCUAGUCAAAGAUUAUAUCAGUGCGCUCAGUGCCCACAACUCCGGCGCGGCGUUAGUACGUCGUUUUGUGGAAGUAACGCACGGGAGUAGAGCGACGUGUCCACACCCGCGCGCCGCGCCCAACUUGGCGGCUGUCGCGCUGGCGGCCAUCGAUGAGCACUACCGCGACUACUCGAUGCCGCACCACUGCGAUGAACGAGAGAAAGAAGUUCUUUGUUUUGCGGACAUUCUAGAGCACAUGUGUGAAUACGAAGAUUGGUUGGUCGUAGUGGGCGCAGUGCUGCAGCCAGUGCCGUUCUGCGCGGGCGCGCUAGGCUGCCCGCGAGUGGCCAAGCGUCUGCAAGGCGUGCUGAACGCGCUCGCGCACGACGCGCGCUGCGCCGCGCACAGCUGCCUUGCGCCCGCGCGCGCAGCGCGCUCGUGCCCGCCCUCGUGGCUGAAAGUAGCGUCUCCUAACAACCCUCAACUGGAACUUCCGCAACAGCAACUGUGCCAGCUUUGGGGAGAUAUGAUUGGAAGUUUACUACGGUGUUGCAGUAAAAGAAAAAGUUUUCUGCAAAGUCUAAACAAACAGUUGCCAGAUUUCGUCCUAGUCUCAUUAAAUGAACACCCAUCAGCUUUAGAAGCGUUAUGUUUAAUGCUCGAAUGGGAAGUGAUUACCGGAGAGCAGACGCAACUAGAAAUAAUAGCCGCAUUGCAAGGAACAGAACUAGGUCAAAAAUAUUAUAAAGACUUGUGCGAAAGGCAGAAAAACCUCGAGAGGCUGCAAGCGGAAGGCGGCCCGCGGCGGCUGGCGCUGCCGGUGCGCGCGACGGACGCGGACGUGGGCGCGCUGCUGCAGGCCGGCGCGCUCGGUAACCUCGAGUGCCUCUCGCUCGCCUUCACCGGAGUCACCAGCGAGUGUGCUCACCACCUCAUCAAGUUGCCGUCCCUUCGGUAUCUGAACCUGUGGGCGACCAAGUUCGGCGACAGCGGGUUACAGCUGAUUGCUGAGCAUCUACCUCGCUUGCAGGUCCUCAAUCUUUGUGAGACGCCGGUCUCAGAUGAAGGGAUCGAAGCUCUGUCAGGGCUAUCAAACUUGCGCCGCCUAAAUCUGAACAGCACCAAGCUUUCGGCGGAAGCUUUCGAUGCGCUCCGGCAAAAGCUUCCUCUGCUCCAAGAAUACGACAUCCGUUAUACUGAGGCCUGGUGACAACAGCCAUUUGUGCUGUCUGUUGGCUCGAUCACUAUCGAAGAGAUACUCGGAAACUUUGACAGCCUAGACGCAAAACGCGCUCCGCGAUAAUAUACCAAAAGACGUUACAGGACAACCAGACACAUCUAUGAUGGUCUAAAUGGAGUUUUUGCGAUGCACCAUGUAACGCGAUAAUAUAGCUUCACAGCAUUUAUCUUAAAGUUUGAAUCUAGUUUUAUAGCAGUCUCUAGUCGAUUAUCCUUUAAGAAAAAACAAAUUUGCAUUCCGUGGAGAGAAAACAGGUCUCAACAUCCUUAUUAUGAAUAUGAAUACAAUAAUAUGAAACUUCUUAUGUUGAUUCUAUCUACUGUUAUUCUUAUUAAGAAUGCUUUGCAUUUUAUGGUAGACGAAGGUAAAUCUUUACACAUAAUAGUCACCCAGGUCAAGGUUUUUUUCUUAUCCUGGUAGUUAAACUGUUGAAUUUCAAUAAAAACUAAAUUAAAUGUUAAUUACACAUUUACUUAGGUACCUAUGAUUUGGUAUAAUCAAUAGAAUCAACAUAAUUAAUCGGAAACGAAAUAUUACCUACGUAAAUUAUUUAAAUUACGAGAGAUCUUAUUAAUUAAUAACGCACAUUUUUUCAUUUUCUUAUGUUUUAAACUACUUACUGACUAGUCUACAUUAGAACCAAGGGCGGCUUUAGGCUAUGAAGCAUCCGUAUGGACAAUACCCUCUCUCUUGUAAUAAAUACUACGAUCGUCUAAAGAAAUACAAGGCGAGUGUAUCUUCGGCGCUUCCUAACACAUUGCGCCCGGGCGCAACGCACCCCUUAAAAAAUAAAGCUGCCCCUGAUCUAACUUCGCACUCUACUGAAGUGGCUUCGCUUUGUCGCGUCAGACAAGGGCUAUCCAGUCGUCUCCUCUCUCUUUACAUUCGAAUUUAUCAUUAGCAUAUCUAAAUAAUGGAUUUUAAUUUAGAUUGUGAAUCUGGUAAUAUUAAAGUGGAUAUAAAUUACUGUUAGUUUAUUUAUUGUCGUGUAUAGAAAUGCAUUGUGUAAAAUUAUGUUAAAUUAAUAAAAACAUGUAUUCCAAGGUAGGUAAACUGUAAAUUGUGAGCUCCUGCUCUAGAUUUUUACCAACAACAAAAUUAGAGAAUGCAGAUAUUAAAAGAGAUUAAGAAGGUAUUCCUUUGCCUACGUGUAACAGUUUAUUCUUUCUUUAUAUCACAGAAACCGUUCCGCUUAAUUGAUUUAUCUGAGGGGCAUUGUGAACGGUUCGUAAAUGUCGUGCGUUUAAAAUAUUAUAUUUAUUUAAUGCGAUAGAAGAACCUUAAUGAUUUUAUUAGACAGAUUACAUUCACCUACUUAUAUGAAUAUGAUAGGGUUUAUCUAGGUUUAACGGCCUAUAGGCAUAAACCUUAUUUGAAUGACGUUUUCCAACGGCCAACCGGGUAUGAAAAAAACGUCGAGUUUUCCACUGUAAUGUAUUAUUAUUUUAACUUAUUUAUUGCUAAUUUUAAGUAACUAAUUAUAAAUAGUUUUAUCUAUACUUUAGUGUGUACAGAUGUAUGAGUGUAAAAAACUACAACUAUUUACGCUUAACCAUUAGUAUUGUUAGAGAUAAGAUUUUAUGUAAGAACUGUAGGGCUGUGAGAAAAAGUACCAAGCCGAGUGUAUGGACAUUGUGGAAAGUUUGUUAAUUAAAGGAUUUUACUAAACGAAAAAAAAAAUAUACGCG